GCUGCUGCUGCUGCCGCUGCCCUGCGGCGCCAUCCCCGCUCCCGACACCGUCGUGCUGGGGCUGCGGCUGGAGGAGAGCACCAAGCCGGCUGAGGCGGCGGCGGCGGCAGCGGCGGCGGGGGCGGCCCGCGGGCCCAUCCGCCUGACGGAAGGCAGCGAGGCCUUGCUUCGCCUCUACGGGCUGGGCUUAGGCCCCGGCGCCGCCGAACGAGUGGCUUUCGCCGAGUUACGACCGGGAGGCAACGCCUCGAGCGGGAACGCCACGUGCCAGGAGCGCUCGCAGGAUCUGGUGGUGAGGCCCGGGCCCGCCGAGCCCCGCGACACCUCAGCGCUGCUCCGGGUGAGGGUCCAGCCCCUCCGCAAGGACGAGCGGGCCAAAACCUACGUGUUGUGCUCUCAACGGCGGCCCGGCCAGCCCUGGCUGCCGCACCAAGGGCUGGAUGGACACGUGGUGGUUCUGGAGGAGAAGAAAUCGCUGCUGCCGCUGUGGUUGCAGGUGAUUCUGAUCGCGGGGUUGUUGGUGCUGUCGGGGAUGUUCAGCGGGCUCAAUUUGGGGUUGAUGGCGUUGGAUCCCAUGGAGCUGCGCAUCGUGCAGAACUGCGGGACCGAUAAGGAGAAGCGUUACGCCCGGAAGAUCGAGCCCAUCCGGAGGAAAGGGAAUUACCUGCUGUGCUCGCUGCUGUUGGGCAACGUGCUGGUCAACACCACCCUCACCAUCCUGCUGGACGAUCUCAUCGGCUCCGGCAUCGGCGCCGUGGUGGCUUCCACCAUCGGCAUCGUCAUCUUCGGGGAGAUCGUGCCGCAGGCGCUCUGCUCCCGGCACGGGCUGGCCGUGGGCGCCAACACCAUCGUGGUCACCAAGUUCUUCAUGCUGGUGACGUUCCCGCUGUCCUUCCCCAUCAGCAAACUCCUGGAUUGCAUCCUGGGCCAGGAGAUCGGCACCGUCUACAACCGGGAGAAGCUGGUGGAGAUGUUGAAGGUGACGGAGCCUUACAACGAUCUGGUGAGGGAGGAGCUGAACAUGAUCCAGGGAGCGCUGGAGCUGCGCACCAAGACGGUGGAGGACGUGAUGACGCCGCUGCAGAACUGCUUCAUGAUCAACAGCGACGCCAUCCUGGACUUCAACACCAUGUCUGAGAUCAUGGAGAGCGGCUACACGCGCAUCCCGGUCUACGAGGACGAGAGGUCCAACAUCAUGGACAUCCUCUACGUCAAGGACCUGGCUUUUGUGGAUCCUGAUGAUUGCACGCCCCUCAAGACCAUCACCAAGUUCUACAACCACCCCGUGCACGUGGUUUUCCACGACACCAAGCUGGAUGCCAUGCUGGAGGAGUUCAAAAAGGGCAAGUCCCACCUGGCCAUCGUGCAGAAGGUGAACAACGAGGGCGAGGGCGACCCCUUCUACGAGGUGCUGGGGCUGGUGACCCUGGAGGACGUCAUCGAGGAGAUCAUCAAGUCCGAGAUCCUGGACGAAUCCGACACCUACAUCGACAACCGCAGCAGGAAGAGGGUGUGCAACCAGAAGAACCGGCGCGACUUCUCGGCCUUCAAGGACCCCGACAACGAGCUGAAGGUCAAGGUGUCACCUCAGCUGCUGCUGGCCGCCCACCGCUUCCUGUCCACCGGUCAGUGCGGUCACUCGGAGCUCAGAGGGACCUCGGAGGAGCUCAGAGGGUUCUGGUGGCUCCUCUGGGUGGUCCAAGUGGGAGUUUUGGUGGUUCUUGUCCCGGUUUUUUGUUGGGUUCUUCAGCACCCAAAAUGGGAGGGGACAAGGUUGGGGGUGGCCGUCCAGCAGAUCCCUCACGGCCGGGUGCGCCCCGUCCCGCGGGCUCCGGCCCCGCGCAUCGCGGAGCGCAGCGAGCGCCGGCCGCUGCCGCAGGAGGAGCGCGCAGAGCUCGCGGUGCCCCUGCUCCGCCGCCUGGCGACAGCGAUGUCACCCCCGGGGCACACGGGGGACACCCCCCGGGCCUCCCCCGCUGCCCCGCGCUCCCACCUUGUGCAGGCCGGUUCUGCCGUCGGCGUCGGCGGCCGCGGGGUCGGCGCCGUGCGCCAGCAGCAGCUCGGUGACGGCGCGGUGGCCGCAGUAGCAGGCGCGGUGCAGCGGGGUGGCCCCGCCGGGAGUGCGGGCGUCGCACGGAGCUCCCCGCUCCAGCAGCAGCCGGCAAACCGCCAGGUGCCCGUUCCGGCUGGCGUAGUGCUGCGGGACCCCCGGGACCCCCAUCUCCGUUCCCCGUCCCACACCAGCGGCCUGAACCGCUCGGCGUCCCUGAGCUACCCCGAGCGCUCGGAUUCGGGAUCGUCGCCGCUCGGUGGCAGCAACAACGCGCUGAGCGCCGGCGGCGCCGCGCCGUACGUGGCCGAUUUCAGCGUCCGCGCCCUCAGCGACCUCCAGUUCGUCAAGAUCACGCGUCAGGAGUACCAGAACGGGCUGCUGGCCUCGCGCAUGGACAGCUGUCCCCAGUCCCCCGACAGCGCCGCCCCCAAAGCGGAGCCGGGGAUCCCGGAGCGGCCGGAGCCGCCGGCGCCGGCGGACGAAACCACCAGUCUGCUCAACGAGAGGAACUGCCUGAGCCGCCGGAGCAACCACAGCGGCCUGGAGAAUUCCAUCUGAGCCCGGAGAGCCGCCAGGGAGCGGCCGGAGCCGGGAAUCGUUCCCGGCCGCGUCGCCCCCGGCACGGACGGGAGCGGCGCCAUCUCCGCCGGCGCGGCGCCGACGGCUCAGGGAGCUUCGGGUGCGGGGCUGGCGCCCUGGGGAGCCCCGGGAUGGGGAUCCCAACCCUGCCAGGAAAUCUGGGAUGAUCCCAACCCUGCUGGAGAUCCAGGAUGGAGAUCCCAACCCUGCCAUGAUCCUGGGAUGGAGAUCCCAACCCUGCCAGAGAUCCAGGAUGGGGAUCCAAACCCUGCCAGAGAUCCCGGGAUGAGGAUCCCAGUCCUGCCGGAGAUCCAGGAUGGAGAUCCCAACCCUGCCAUGAUCCCGGGAUGGGGAUCCCAACCCUGCCAUGAUCCCAGGAUGGGGAUCCCAACCCUGCUGGAGAUCCAGGAUGGAGAUCCCAAUCCUGCUGGGAAUCUGGGAUGGAGAUCCCAAUACUGGUGGGAAUGGAGAUCCCAACCCUGCUGGAGAUCCAGGAUGGAGAUCCAAACCCUGCUGGGAAUCUGGGAUAGAGAUCCCAACCCUGCCAUCAUCCCAGGAUGGGGAUCCCAAUCCUGCUGGGAAUGGAGAUCCCAAUCCUGCCAUGAUCCUGGGAUGGGAAUCCCAACCCUGCUGGAGAUCCAGGAUGGGGAUCCCAACCUUGCCAUGAUCCUGGGAUGAGGAUCCCAACCCUGCCGGAGAUCCGGGAUGGGGAUCCCAUUCCUUUGGGAUCCCUGGGAUGGAAAUCCCGACCCCUCAGGGCUCCUACACCAUCCUGGCAUGGGAAUUCCAUCCCUUU